AUGGGUUCUUUUUUCCAAAGUGAGGAGAUGUGUCUUGUUCAACUCUUCUUCCAGACAGAAUCAGCCCACUACUGCAUCAGUGAGCUCGGAAAUCUGGGACUUGUGCAGUUUAGAGAUCUGAAUCCAGAUGCGUCGGCCUUUCAUAGGAAGUUUGUAAAUGAAGUGAGGAAAUGCGAAGACAUGGAGAGAGUCCUCAGGCUUCUGCAGAAGGAGAUGAUGAAGAGUGAUAUCGCGGUGGCCAAGGGCUCGGACACAGAGCGGGUGCCCUGUCCUCGGGAUGUGUUUGAACUUGAGUCUACGCUUGAGAAGUUGGAGCAGGAGCUGAGGGAGAUCAACUCCAACCAGGACACACUGAAGCACAACUUCACCGAGCUCAUGGAGAUGAAGUACCUGCUGCAGAUGGCUGAGGACUUCUUUGAACAGGCGGAGUGCCAGCUGUCGGUCUCUGAGCUGCCGUCCGAGGACUCCAUCACGCUGACCACCUCAUCACGCAUGGCCAGGCGCACCAGCAGCAUCGCCAGCCACACUGGCCCGCUCAAACUGGGGUUUGUAGCAGGAGUAAUCAGGCAUGAGAGAUUCCUCUCCUUUGAGAAGAUCCUGUGGCGACUGUUUCACGGCAACUUUGUUCUGCGUCAUGCUGAAAUCCAGAUCCAGGAGGAGGAGAACAACACAGAGGGGCCAGUGAAGAAAGUUGUGUUCAUAAUAUUCAUACAAGGAGAUCAUGUCCGGAGAAAGAUCCAGAAAAUAUGUGAAGGCUUCCAUGCUGGUCUGUAUCCCUGCCCAAACGCACCUGCUGCCCGGAAAAACAUGAGGGUCAACGUCAGCACUCGUAUCUCAGACCUCAAAAUGAUCCUGAAGAAGACCGCGGAGUACCGUCAGAACGUCUUGACCGCGGCCGCUGGCCACAUCCAGGACUGGAGCACCAAAGUGAGGAAAAUGAAGGCCGUCUACUACACCCUGAACCUCUGCAACAUCGACAUCACACAGAAGCUGAUCGUGGCCGAGAUCUGGUGUCCGGUGUCUGACCUCGCGUCCGUGCAGGCUGCCCUGAUGAAGGGAUCUGAGCAGAGUGGCUGUAGUGUGAACCCUGUUUUAAACCGCAUCCCCACUAGCCACACGCCCCCAACCUUCAACAGGACCAACGCCUUCACCGCGGCCUUCCAGAGCAUCAUCGACGCCUACGGAGUGGCCGACUACCAGGAAAUCAACCCAGCUCCCUACACCAUUGUCACGUUCCCAUUCCUCUUCGCCAUCAUGUUCGGGGACUGUGGUCACGGCCUCGUCAUGAGUCUGCUGGCCGUCUGGGUCAUCUACCAAGAGGAACACUUCCGCCAUUUAAAGAAUGAGCUGAUCGAUGUGUUGGUGGGCGGACGCUACAUCUUGCUGCUCAUGGGCCUUUUCUCCAUCUACACGGGCCUCAUCUACAAUGACUGCUUCUCCAAGUCCUUCAACAUCUUCGGGUCCUCCUGGAGCGUCAGGCCCAUGUUCUACCCCCACGGGCCCUGGACGAAUGACACUCUCCAUGGCAACGCUCACCUCCAGCUGGACCCUGCCGUGCCCGGCGUCUUCUCCGGGAGUCCCUACCCGUUCGGCAUAGACCCGAUCUGGAACAUUGCAUCAAAUAAGCUCACCUUCCUUAAUUCCUACAAGAUGAAGAUGUCAGUGAUCAUCGGGGUCAUCCACAUGCUUUUUGGACUUACGUUGAGUUUAGUGAACUGCAUCUACUUCAGGAAGCUCAGUAAUGUGGUGUUGCAGUUUGUGCCUGAGCUGGUCUUUCUGCUCUCGCUCUUCGGCUAUCUCGUAUCCCUGAUCCUCUACAAGUGGAGCGUGGCGCUGAGGUCAGAUGCGGCCCCCAGCCUAUUGCUGCUCUUCAUCAACAUGAUGCUCUUUGCCUACGAGGAUGCUCACCACUCCAUGCUCUUUGAAUGCCAAAAGCCAUUGCAGAUCUUCUUGGUGAUGCUAGCUAUAUGUAUGGUCCCUUGGCUGCUGCUGGCCAAACCCCUGCUACUCUACAGGGAUCACAACAAACAGGUGUUUGGGAGCAGAGAGCAGAACCAGCAGGCCGCUGCAGACGGGAGUGCUGGCUUUGCACCUGGGCACAAGCAGGAAAUGGCACCUGGGCACAAGCAGGAAAUGGUCAGCAUGGGGGACAUGUUUGUGUAUCAGGCCAUUCACACCAUCGAGUACUGCCUGGGGUGCAUCUCCAACACCACGUCCUAUCUGCGCUUGUGGGCUCUAAGUUUAGCCCAUGCAGAGCUCUCGGAGGUCCUGUGGAAGAUGGUGCUCCACGUGGCUCUGGGCAACACGUCCGGCCUGGGCUCUGUGCUGGUGGCGCUGAUCUUUGCCGCAUUCGCCGCCCUCACAGUGGCCGUUCUGCUGGUCAUGGAGGGCCUGUCUGCAUUCCUGCAUGCACUCAGACUUCACUGGGUGGAAUUUCAGAACAAGUUCUACAAAGGAUCGGGUUACAAGUUUACUCCGUUGUGUUUUGACAGCCUAAUGAGUAUGUAGUGACAAGCCUCUUAACUCCAGAGAACAGGCUGGGGAUGGCAACACAGUACAGAGUUACACACACACACAUCCAACAAGCUUAUUGACAGAUCGACACACAGCACAUGCUUGAUUCGACUUGACCUUAUCUGUGCUAAGGAGCAUGUCAGUAGCUUGACUUGACCUUAUCUGUGCUAAGGAGCAUGUCAGUGACUCAUUGUUCUCAUUGUUGUUCAGUGUUAUGCCGUAAUUGUAUAAAUCUAUUGCCCUUUCAGUUACAGCUCUACGGACAGUCUUAUGAAUGUGCUCUACAGAACGUGCCUCUGUGCCACUAAACAUGGAUACCGUAGCAACAGCCCCUACUGCUCAUGCUGGGCUGGAUUGAAUUUAUGUUUUAUUAUUCAUGUGCUUGCAGAUAUGUACAUAGCUAUGCCAAAUGUACAGUGUGUUUCACAUUAAUUUGGCAUGUAGACCUUUAGCAAGCAGUAACAGCAAUAAAAACAAUACUUAUUAUGACAUCACCAUUGUUUAAGCUAGAGCAAUGUGGAUAGCACAACAUGAUUCCAUUUCCUUGUUAAAUGUAUUUGCACUCUAAUGCCUCCUGUAUCCUGGUAAAUAUGAUAUUUUCUGUAGAUCUGUAGAUCAGUGUGUGUUAAGUUACAGUACUUCCCAGUGUUCAAAAGCUUAUGAAAUAUGAUAUCAUCUGUA